AUGAGACCGCGUGGUGGAGGCCCUUGCCGCAGGAGUAUUUGGUUCUCUUGUGAUCUUCGAGGAAUAACACCGCAGUUCUACUCUCGACACUUUAGCACCUCAUCUACUCGUCUCGCACUUGAACGGGUUGAAGUAGCACACUCUCAGUCCUACGCGCGGCGGGGAGUUACAGUAGGUUUUACAUCCUUCUCUGGUUCUGCUACCGCUGGGGGAAGUGUUGAUAAUAACCUUAGUAGUAGUAGUAGUAGUAGUAGUGCUAAUGCUAGUUUUUCCUCUUCGUUGUCAUCAUCAUCUUCUUCUUCUUCUGGUAAUGGUGGAGAUGUACUCGGCAAUUAUGUGAGUUUUAUCGCGGAUGAUGCCACAGCACCGGCGGCGACAAAAGAAAAUGGUGCACAACCCAUGCGUUCAUUACGAAGUCCUGCUGCUGCAGAGAGUUUAUUCUUUAAGGAUGAGGCGAAGAAUUACUGCCGUCUAUGUAUGGAAGAGACGCAGGUUCCGGCGAAAACACACAUUACAACCCCUUAUCGUGCAAGUCAUACAAAUCAUACUUGUCGUGAGGUUGUUCUUGAUAGUUUGGCGUUAUUAGCGAUACGUGGAUAUCCAAUUGAUGAUAUUUACCUUGUUUGGUCUGAUAUUCUUUAUCAUGAACCAAUGUUUCGGCGUAUUCCUGAGUUGGUAUCACCACGUUGGAGUAUUACUCAACGUAGUGAAAUGUUAAGUAAACUAUUAUCAUUAUUGAAGGAUUUAAACGUAAUUGAUAUUUCACUUGCAGCGCAAGCCCCAGAUACGUUUGAUAAUAUGGCGCAGCAGGUACAUCAUCGUCGUCGUGUCGCAUUUGAGCGACUUGAGUACAUUGGAGAUAAUUCAUGGGGUAAUCAUCUUUCCAAUCGUAUGAUGAUUUUAUUCCCUGAUAGACAAUGGACUUAUAGUCAAAAUUCCUACGCUUUUAAUUGUUUUCGUGAUGCAUGUGAAAUGAAUGUAACACUUGAGUUUAUGUUCGAUACACUUCGGGUGAGUGAUCUUCUUCCACGUGGAGUACGUGAGAAACUUGGCACCGGUAAAAUCAAAGCUGAUGUAGUAGAAGCUGUAAUUGGUGAAUUGCACGUCACCUUGUGGGGAUUGGAACCACAUUUAUAUGAUUCUGCUAGUUUUGUAGAAGUGAAUGGUGUGGGUGAGGCUCGACUCUCUGCUCUUGUGCAGCACUGUUUAACGGAGAUUUAUGAUCUUAUUCUUCUUUCAUAUGUGCGGGAACUAAGUGGGUCGGCGGUGCCACUUGCGAAGGAAAUUGCCGCUUCUCGUCUCUGGGCCCCUGCCGCCCCACCCCUCCGCCGAGUGAAGACGCACCGAAGACAAUCCACCACUUCUUCUCUCAAUACAAAUGGAACGGCCGCGGCUUCUCUCAAUCAAACCGUGGAUGGAGUGAUCCCGCGAUCGCUGGUGGCUGGGCGACUACUUCCACCGCUGGCGGGACUCUUCACAAGAGAAACCCCCCGACCAACAAUUGUGCCGCACCCUCUGCGGGCCAUUGGCACAGCUGCAGCCAUGGAUGAAACUGUCUGUGUACACACGGGCAGGGAUGUGUUUGCUCGAUUUGUGGAUAGUUUUGCACGUCUUGGUCUUCUGGACGAACGACUGGCGGUGACGAUGGAUGUACGACAGACACGCGAUGUACGUUUCGCAUUCAUGAAAAGACAAUUAGUGCCUUCACUGCCGAUGGAAUUAGAUAUGGAGGAGGACCUAUCAUCAUCAUCUUCAUUAUUAUCAUCCACAACAACAGCAGCAGCAGUUGGAGGAGAUGUGGGGACAACCACAACAUCAACAAAAACGAUAGUAGGAGAGGGAAACAGUACAAAUAACUUGAUGCUACCAGAACCGGUGUUGGAAUUGGAAGAGGUAUAUUUUCGAGACAUUUAUUUUGAUCUUGCUCCUCUUCCACUUUCUGUUUCUGAAGUUCAUCCUGACAAUUUGGAUCGUAAUUCCGUAAGCAAAGUUGUCAUUGCCUCACCAGAUAAAGGGAGGAAAGAGUCAAAAAUAAGUUAUGAGGCACAACUAGGAAUGGCAGUGUCUCUUAUUUAUCCACCACUGUAUGAUACACCAACACAUGCGGCGGAAAAUCCAACGACGAAGAGUGGUCGUGUUUGUAUUUUUGCACCUUCUGUAUAUGUCCCAGUAGGAACUAAACCACCUUCUGCAGGUGUGGUAACCGAUAAAAAUCUUCACUUUGGUGAAUUUGCUUUCCUAAAUGUCUGUGUGGGUGUUGAAGCACAAUCAAAAGCCUCAAAUGAAGAGAAGGAUAAUAAUAGCAGUAGUAGUAAUAAUACUAGUAAUAGUCAUAGCAGUACCAGUGGGGAUCCUAUCGGUGAAGUUAAGAUAUCUAGCGAGUCGAGUGCAACGACACGUAAUGACAAUGAUAAUGAUAAGAAUGAUGAUAUUCACAGAGGAGGGGAUGCCCAGGCAGGAGAAGAUAUUGAUUCUGCUACUACUAUUCCUGUUGGUGAAAAGGAGGGAGAAAAGAAUAAACUUGAAAGUUCUACUGAUGAGUUGCGGCGGCGAGCACAAGAAAAAUGGAGUUGUGAAAAUCCAUACUUUGUCCCCAGGCGAUCCCUACCUUCACAUACCACUACCGUGUAG